AUGUGGGAUGCCAUCCGGUUAAGGAGUACAGCGCAGGCGGUGCUUGCGUGCGUGAUCAACGCUGGCUUUUUACCCCUUGCUAUUUCCCAGCGACGGGAUAUCGCGGAGGCUAUUGAGUCGUUCAAGACCUCGACAGACUCUAAUGGCGACCAUUUGGUCAAUACUGACAUGGAUAUCUGGCCUGUGAUUGGCAAGAUCCUACUCGUUAUUCCUAUUAUUAUCGCCGUCUGCACCCUGAUCCUUCCUAUCAGUGCUUGGUAUCUGAAGCAGUAUUUCUCAUGGCAGUCAUAUCGCAACGUCGGUGCAGAUGCAAAGAUGAGAAAGAUACGCAUUAUCCACCAUAUCUUCGUCAUGCUCGCCAAAAUGGACAUUUACUUCAUCAUCUGCUUCGAUAUGGUCUUUUGCUUCCCCGUUCUGGGAGGACUUCGCAGUGGUGGCACCGACUUCAUCGUCAACCUCGCCCUUCUAGGCGUUGCACUCACCGUCAUCGCCGUGUCCAUAAUGUUCAGCAAGUCAGAGAACCGAAUUGGUAUGUGUUUCUCUAUAGUCAUGUAUCUCGCAAUGCUUGGCUACUUGCUUUACCUGGUGAUAGAUGCACAGUUGGACGAGAGAAGGAGGAGCGGAGGUUCGAUCGACUCCUUCACCGCCUUCGGUUGCAUGGGCAUCUUGUCCAUCUUCAUGACAACGAUAUUCGCCGUGUUAUGCUUGAGGAACUUCUUUGGAGGAUUGAAAGAACAUCUGGGGAAGCAUGAAGAAGCGUGGGAUCCUCAUGCAAGUGCCAAGGAUUUUGAGCUUGGUAACGACAUCAAUUUUGAGUACAAGAGCGUCCCGGGCGUUCGAGAUCUGGAUAGCUAG